UUGGUUGAUGUCGAAACUGUCGCUUUGUUUAUUGGUUAGGUAUAUGAACAACGUAGCAGGUGCAGCCAUGUCUGGUCUGCUGCUGGUGCUGGGUCUGCUGACACACCUGGUGUUCCUGGCCUCCGUGUUCGACAUCUACUUCACGUCGCCACUAGUGCACGGCAUGACGCCCCAGCAGCCGCUGCAGCCGCCACCUGCCCGCCGCCUGGUGCUCAUCUCUGCCGAUGGACUGCGCGCCGACCGCUUCUACGCGCGCGCCGCGGACGGCCGGCCUAUGGCGCCCUUCCUCAGCUCGGUGGCGCGCGAACGCGGCGUCUGGGGCGUGUCCCACACGCGCGUGCCGACUGAGUCUCGGCCGGGCCACGUGGCGCUGGUGGCCGGCGUGUACGAGGACCCGAGCGCUGUGACGCGCGGCUGGCGCGAGAACCCCGUGCCGUUCGACACGGUGUUCAACCAGAGCUCGCAUACGUGGGCCUGGGGCAGCCCCGACAUCGUGCCCAUGUUGGCCCGGGGGGCUACUCCCGGCAAGGUGGACACGUUCACGUACGCGGCCGAGGAGCAGGACUUCGCCCGCGGCCGUGCCUCCGACCUGGACGCUUGGGUGUUCGACCGCGUGUCGGCGUUCCUGGCGGCGGCGGCUCGUGACCCGACCUCGGACGCCCGGCUGCGCCAGCAGGGUGUGGUGUUGUUCCUGCACCUGCUGGGCCUGGACACCACCGGCCACGGCCACAAGCCCCAGUCCAGCCAAUACGCUGACAACAUCCGGUUCGUGGACGAAGGGGUGGAGAAGAUCGUGAGCCAGAUCUCGGAGUACUACAACGACAGCCGCACCCUGUUUGUCUUCACGUCCGACCACGGCAUGACUGACUGGGGCUCUCACGGCGCCGGCGACCCGUCCGAGACAGAGACGCCGCUGGUGGCCUGGGGCGCUGGCGUACGCGGCCCGCGGCCUGCCGCCGCUGACGCCGCCGCCGCCGCCGCCGCCGCCGCCGCCGGCCUGCCGCUGCACGAGCUGCGCAGGACGGACGUGGCGCAGGCAGACCUGGCGCCGCUCAUGGCCAGCCUGACCGGCCUCAGCAUCCCCGUCAACUCUGUGGGCCGGAUGCCGGCGGACGUGCUGGGAGUGCGGCCCGAACAGAGCGCCGACCUGCUGUUCACCAACGCCCGCCAGCUGCUGUGUCAGUACGAGGUGCGCCGGCAGCAGCGGCGCGCCGCCACGCUCGGCCCCCUGUACUGGCCGCACACCACGCUGGCGCCGCACGUGCAGACCCAGAUGGUGGACAAGGCGCUGGACUACAUGCAGCGACAGGACUGGGACAACGCGAUGUUCUUGAUUGGUGAGCUGAUGGACCUGGCGCUGGAGGGCAUGCAGUACUACCACACCUACGACCGGCCCAUGCUGCAGGCGGCCAUCACGCUCUGCUACAUCGGCUGGAUCUUGCUGCUCACCUCCCACCUGGUCAAGACGAGCGGACGCUCGGUGGCGCCGGACGAGCCGGCGGCCGGCGGCGCUGCCACCCUUCUUCUGGCCGUCUCCGGCACCAGUCUGGCCGUGUUCCUGAUCGUCGCCAAGUCUCUGCCGGCCCACUAUGCCGUGUACCUGCUGCUGCCGGUGCUGAUCUGGUCGGUGCUGGCGUACGACGGCCGGGGCCUGGGGGCGGCGCGCGCGGCGGCCGCCGACAGCGUGCUGUCGGUGCUGCUGGCGGCGCUGCUGCCGUGGCCGCUGACGCUGCCCCGCUACAGGAAGCGGCUGACGCUGCUCUGGACCGCCUCUUCCCUGUUGCUGGCCGCCUUCCCUCUCAGUCCGGUCAUCACGCACCAGGCCAACUACACGCUGGUGAAGGCGGCGGCCCUGCUGUCCUGCGCGGCGGUGUCGCUCGCGGCCCUCUCGGGAGAGCUGCGCCUGUUCCGGCCGGCGGACCGGCUGCGCGAGCCGCUCCACUCGCGGCUGAUCCUGCUGCUGCAGGUGGCGCUCUUGGCGGCGGUUGCCGGAGUGACCCACGCGGUGGAGGCAGCCGUGCAGGGUGGCGCCACCGUGCCACAGUACAUCCACUGGGCCGCCUGGGCUAUGCUGGUCGUCUCCUGGCUGUUGCCCUGCCUGACGUCCACGUGGCUGCUGGCGCGCAUGCUGCACGUCACUGCCGCGCUGCUGGUGCCCUUCCUGCUGCUCAGCCUCGGGCAGGAGGCCUUCUUCCUGCCGCUGCUGGCGCUCCACCUGUACUCAUGGACCAGACUGGAGCACACGGCCGAGCAGAAACAGCUGGCAAAGCUGUCCUUCGACGACCCGCUGCGGAAGAACGAGGCGCGCCGGCCGGCUCACUUUGGCGACACGCGCCGGGCCUUCUUCUACUUGUUGUUCGUCUUUCUGGCUUUCUUCGGCAUCGGCAACAUGGCCAGCGUCAACUCGUUCGACCCGACCUGCGUAUACGCAUUUGUCACCGUGUUCAGUCCAUGGCUGAUGGGCGCCCUUCUGCUGACCAAGAUUCUCAUGCCGUUCCUGCUGGUCUGCUGCUUUGCCCGGGCCGUGGCUACCGUUACCAGGAUGUCGACGGAGCGCCUGUUCCUGACGGUGCUGCUCAUGUCCGACAUCAUGUCCAUCCAUUUCUUCUUCCUGGUGACGGACACCGGCUCGUGGCAGGACAUCGGCUUCUCGAUCUCGCACCACGUGAUCGCCACCGGCACCUCCUGCUUCCUGCUGCUGCUGCACGGCGUGGCGCGGCAGCUGACCAGUGCCACCUGGUGGGCACUGGUCGAACCUGUGCUUACCGAGCGGCGCCGCAGUCACGUCGACAAGUUCGGCACCGAUCACCUGGAGGUCUCCGUGGUCGGCGGGGACGGGUCUCUGGGAACCAAGCUGGAGUAGGGCCGCGUCUGUGAUAACAAUGGAAGACGGGUGCCUUUGGCAUGCAACCUCGGCUUCCCGACGAGAUUAUAAGUGAAAUGUUUGCUUCGUGCACGGUAUUAAGCUCGCGUCAACUAGGGGUUUGGGGAAGAUUUGUAGGAAACGGCUCUGAAAUAAGCAUGUUGCACAUAUUGGCUGCUGCAGUUCAUGUCUGCCUCGGUGACUGGCAAAACGUGUGUUUUUGUAGCAAAUACUCUGGAGAGUGCCCCUCUUUGUUUAAUUUCUUACAUUGACGUUAGGGUUUCGUGUAAUCAGCACUGCGACUUCUGCAUUUCCCAGCUGCGCUUUGUUUGGGCGCCUUGUCCUUGUAUGACGCCGUGCGAGACAGUGCCUUGGUGUAUCCGCGUCGGAUGAAGCCAGCCAUCUCGUCUGCCGGCGCCCUGCCAGAUCUCACCUCGCCAAAAAGCCUCGAGUUUGCGUUGCUCGUCUGAUGCUGUUUUGACCAGGCUCCAGGCUCACCCCUUCUGUCGAUCAUGACUUUUGCGCUGUAUCCACAGUAUUGACUGCUUUUUUUGUAGGAAGGGCAUGAGCAGGGUACCGACGCUGGGGUAUGAACCGCUGUCGGCUGGGCGUUACGCCCUUUGACGGGCAUCCUCGACGCUGUCCUGUGCAGGAUACCUCCGGCGCCUAGCGCCACCAGCCGCUCUCGCGUCCUAGUCGCUCGGUAGCGCCUCUGAAGAGACGCGGCUGCCGGGGCGCCCCGCCGCCCGCCGCUGUGAACUCUGAUCCUGGUCGGAGUACGCCCGUCACCGCGAGCUGACGGUGCGGUGACAUCGCGCUGGUGGCAGACGUCUGCACGUGGUCGUCACAGAUCACGUCACAGGGACGUCACAGAUCCGCGGCGUACGAUGCGCAGCUACAACGGCGGCGGCCGUGGAGGGAGGUCGCCUGCAGGUUGUGCGGUACGGGACGCCGCUGUGUCGGCGCGCGCAGACCGGGCGCUGGUCGGCGGUGAGCUGGAGCGAAGCCGCCCGCCGGCGUCUGUGUGUGCGCGGCGCGGAGUCGUGGCGCGGCCUGUGCGACGGCCUGGGGCAGUGGCAGCGCGUUUUGUCUGCCGUGCAUUCUCUGUUUCGUGAUUAGUGUUGCGUCGCGUGCCGUGGUGUACUAUUCAGGCCUUUGUAGCUGCUCGUUUACCAUGGGUGAUAGCCCGCCUGGAGUGCGUUCAACGGGAGCUCUACGUGUUACCUAUUGGCUGUUUAAAGAUUUCAUUAUCUUGCCUGUUGCGCCAAACCGCGUUGUGCGUUUGUCCACAUUUUAAUACAGGUUGGGCGGGUAAUUGCAACU